CACUGAUAAGUGAGGAGAGGAUCAUGUAGUUAUGCCUAACUACUUGGUGUAAAUCAGUAUAUAUAUAUAUCUAUAUAUAUAUAUAUAUUUGGGUAAGCAAAGCAAGGAAGGAGCGAAAUUAAAAUGAACUGUAUUCAUAUGUUUCCUUUAUAGGUGCCUAAGUCUUACCUAAAACCUCAAAACCAACCUCUGUGCAUAUAUACAUAGAUAUAUAGAGAGAGAGAUGAGUAGUGAAGGUGGUGAAUUCUCUCACUUCGAGCAUGAAGAGAUGGCUACAGAAAUGUUCAUCGCGAAGAGACGUUGUUGUUUCUGCAUACCAAGAUUCGGUUCCAAUAGAUUGGCGGCGACCAUCGGAAGGAAUUGGUGGCAGAGGAUGCGGCCGGCGGAGAUCGAGGAAGGCUGGUGGGCCCGGGGGAUCGGAGUACUCAAGAAGCUUCGGGAGUGGUCGGAGAUCGUCGCCGGUCCCAGGUGGAAGACCUUCAUACGACGGUUCAAUCGGAACAGAAGCCUCGUCGGAGGAGGAGGAGGAGGAAGGAACGCGAAAUUCCAAUACGAUCCUCUCAGUUACGCCCUCAACUUCGACCAAGGGCCGGGUCAAAACGGUAAUUCCGAUGAGGACGGUUGGUUUCGGAACUUCUCGACUCGGUACUCCCCGGUUCCGGCAUCGGCGAAGAUCGUCGAUGGUUAUCGGCAAGGUAGGGCUGAAUUUCAGGUGAGUAUUGAAGAGUGAAAAACCAGUUGGUGCGCCGGAUUGGCUAAAUUGCGCCAGUUGGUGGGAUGAGGAUUGAGGUUGUGCCAUUUGUGAAUUUUUUUUUUUUUUUAUUAUUAUUAUUAUUAUAUAUUUUUCGGUUUAUUAGAGAUUAAAGAAAAUUUUCAUA